CUAGAUUCUAGACUACUCUGGAACAAAGGUAGCUGCUAUAAAGAACCUUGUUUUGUGGUUCUAUCGUUCUAUUUUGAUAGUUGACUUGAAAUUCGAGCGCGCAUUGAUAAGGUGGAUUUUCGCGACCUUGAUUCUACGAAGCUUCUGGAAAGCGAUCUAUUGUUUGCCGGCCGGCCUUUAUUAUUCCGCGAUUUUUGUGUUAAGAAAAGUUUAAAAUGGCAAGUAUUCUCCUUCCAAUCAUUAACGAACAACAACGAUUGAUCUCCAGUUUGCUGGGAAGAGGUGAACCGGCUUUGAGGCUCAAACUGGCUGAUGAAGACUUCAUAAGUCCAUUGCUGCCAAAAAGGGAACGUCGUCAUGCUUUGGCCCCAUACAAUAAAAGCUUGCGUAAAUUAGUGCGUGAUGAUGGUAAAAACUAUGUGGUGAACAUAGACGUACAACAGUUUGCUCCUGAGGAAAUCUCUGUGAAAGCAGUUGGUGAUGACACCAUCAUUGUUGAAUGCAAGCAUGAAGAGAAGCCUGAUGAACAUGGUUCCAUCUAUAGACACUUCCUUAGGCGCUACAAACUCCCCAAGGGCCAUGAUGUUUCUAAGUGUGUCUCAAAGUUGUCAUCAGAUGGAGUUUUGACCAUCACUGCACCUCACGUUGAAAAGAACAAAAAAGCUGAAGUAGAAAUUCCAAUUACUCUAACCAAUCAGCCAUCUCAAGCAAUUCAACAUCAGGAAUCAUCUGAAACUCAGGAUGCAGAAAUGCAAGAUGUGUCGCCAAAGAAAGGCAAGGGUUCUAAGAAGUAGUUCUUUCCCUUCAGUUCUACUUUGAUCCGAAUACUGCAUUUAAAAUAUGAAUAAUUUGCAAGUUUCUUACGAAUUUCAAGUUGGUGGUGUUUGUAGUUUUGUUUUUGAAUGCGAAUUAUGCCGAAACAUGUUGACAGUGUAGUAUCAGGAAGCAUUUUUGUUUAAAUAUGAUUAUUUUUUUGAUCUCGUUCACUGUUCAGUUUCUUACAGAUUCAACUAUUUCUAAUAAGAUUCAUAUCGACUGAUUGAGUCAGUAUUUUGUAUAAGUAAUAUAAGCAGUUUUGUAUGUUUGUUUUAUAAUAAAAUCCUUAUGUAUUA